AUAAAAUAAAGAUAUUUGAAGAAAAAGGACGAAUGAAGGAGUCGCCGGAACCGUCUAUAAAUAGCGGCGAAUGAAACCGUCAUAACCUACCAAUUCAUUCACUCUCAUCCUCCACAUUUUCCUCAUCUUCUUCUUCUUCUUCGCUCUUCACCUCCUUAACUUUCUCCCGCCGCUUGUAAUUUGUGCAUCGUUACUUGUACGGUAGCCAUGUGUGGAAUACUAGCCGUCUUGGGUUGCUCCGAUGACUCUCAGGCCAAAAGGGUCCGUGUCCUCGAGCUCUCUCGCAGAUUGAAGCACCGUGGCCCAGAUUGGAGUGGGUUAUAUCAGCACGGUGAUUGUUAUCUGGCGCAUCAACGUCUCGCCAUCAUUGACCCUGCUUCCGGUGAUCAACCCCUCUAUAACGAAGACGAAACGAUCGUUGUAACGGUUAACGGUGAGAUAUACAACCACGAGCAGCUCCGAGAAAGCUUGACAGGUCAUAAGUUCAAAACGGGGAGUGAUUGUGACGUUAUUGCCCAUUUAUACGAAGAACAUGGCGAAAACUUCAUCGAUAUGUUGGACGGAAUGUUUUCGUUCGUGUUACUUGAUACACGCGAUAACACUUACAUAGCUGCUCGUGAUGCUAUCGGGAUCACCUCGCUGUACAUUGGUUGGGGACUCGAUGGUUCUGUUUGGAUUUCGUCUGAACUGAAAGGUUUGAACGACGACUGCGAGCACUUUGAGGUGUUUCCGCCGGGCCACUUGUACUCUAGCAAAACCGGCGGAUUCCGGCGGUGGUACAACCCACCAUGGUUCUCCGAAGCUAUUCCUUCUACGCCAUAUGAUCCUCUCGUUCUCAGGCAUGCAUUCGAAGACGCCGUGAUCAAGAGAUUAAUGACCGAUGUACCCUUCGGAGUUCUCCUCUCCGGUGGGCUAGACUCGUCGUUGGUCGCAGCCAUCACCUCCCGUCAUUUAUCCAGUACAAAAGCUGCUAAGCAGUGGGGAGCUCAGCUUCAUUCCUUCUGUGUCGGCUUAGAGGGUUCACCGGAUCUCAAGGCAGCAAGAGAAGUAGCUGAUUAUUUGGGAACUGUUCAUCACGAGUUCACCUUCACUGUACAGGAUGGUAUUGAUGCAAUUGAAGAUGUAAUUUACCAUAUCGAAACAUACGAUGUGACAACAAUCAGAGCUAGCACACCUAUGUUCCUGAUGUCACGGAAAAUCAAGUCAUUGGGGGUGAAAAUGGUUAUCUCCGGUGAAGGCUCCGACGAGAUUUUUGGCGGAUAUUUGUACUUUCACAAGGCACCCAACAAAGAAGAGCUCCAUCGCGAAACCUGUCGCAAGAUAAAAGCACUUCACCAAUACGACUGUUUGAGAGCAAACAAGUCAACAUCCGCUUGGGGUUUGGAGGCUCGAGUCCCGUUUUUAGAUAAAGAAUUCAUCAACGUUGCCAUGAGCAUAGACCCUGAAGCGAAAAUGAUCAACAUGGAUGAAAAACGAAUUGAAAAAUGGAUUCUUAGACGGGCUUUCGACGAUGAAGAUCACCCGUAUUUGCCAAAGCAUAUUUUAUACAGACAGAAAGAACAGUUCAGUGAUGGAGUCGGAUACAGCUGGAUCGAUGGACUCAAAGCUCAUGCUGAACUCCACGUAACAGACAAAAUGAUGCUUAACGCUGCACAUAUCUUCCCUUUCAACACUCCAGUCACUAAAGAAGCCUACUAUUACAGAAUGAUCUUCGAGCGGUUUUUCCCUCAGAAUUCUGCAAAGUUGACUGUUCCAGGUGGAGCGAGUAUAGCUUGUAGUACAGAGAAAGCAAUCGAGUGGGAUGCAUCGUGGUCAAAGAAUCUUGACCCUUCAGGAAGGGCUGCAUUAGGGGUUCAUAACGAUGCGUAUAAGCAGCAGAAGGUGGCUUCUAUUGCUGCUGCUGCAGGGAAUUUGGCGACAAGUUUGAUUGAUGAUGUGCCAAGGACGAUGGAUAUUCAGGCUCCAGGGGUUGUGAUUCGGGGAUAAAAAUUGUUGUUAUUGUUGUAUAAUUAAGUAAAAGUUAUUACGAGUUAGCAGCAUGGCUUUUAUGAUAUGUUGCUGUAUUGUUAGGUUGUCGUUUGGUUUUAAUUGUGUGAUAAUAACUCGAAUGUAUCGUUGUUUAUAGACUCUCGUAACAUUUGAUGUAAUGUAUUUGUAGCUUUGUAAAGCUUGGUUUCUUAAAGACAUUGUUUUUAGUACUUUAUUAUAUGGAAAAUGGAAUCCUGAACUAAAUGAAUAGAAACUGAUUGUUUCGGGCUAUGCGCCAUUGGGCCUAACCGACCUUUCUAAAAACUAAAAAGCCCUUAUGUUUUGGGCUUGUUAGAAUCUGGGCCUUAUGUCGGUUUGCUUGCUUCUAUAAGGUUGUAGAGGAAUCCAGUUUUAAUCGAUGCAUCGACUCGUUGACGUUGUGCAUCUUUCUGGUGGGUUUCUUCGUGGGCGUCUCAGUUGUCAUCAGGUUGUGGUAAGUUAAAAAAAAGUUGUAAGGGAAAGGAAAGAAUGGCGAAGCAUCAUCCUGAUUUGAUCAUGUGCAGAAAGCAGCCAGGAAUUGCAAUUGGAAGGCUAUGUGAAAAAUGUGAUGGAAAGUGUGUGAUAUGUGAUUCUUAUGUGCGUCCUUGCACACUUGUACGUGUGUGUGAUGAGUGCAACUAUGGUUCAUUUCAGGGUCGUUGUGUUAUAUGUGGAGGUGUAGGCAUUUCUGAUGCAUACUAUUGCAAAGAGUGCACACAACAGGAGAAAGAUCGAGAUGGGUGCCCAAAAAUUGUGAAUUUAGGUAGUGCAAAAACAGAUCUGUUUUAUGAACGGAAAAAAUAUGGGUUUAAGAAAAGAUGAUCUACAAAUUGCCUAUGUAAUAUCAUUUGCUUGUAAAACCUUAACAUAUAACCAUUUAGGCAUUUAAGUAUUUGGUCUUGUUUGUGUAUUAGAUGUUAAUAGUUG